UGUCUGGUCACACGACCUUCAAUAAAACAUUUUAACAUUUAGUUUUGACACAUUUGACAUAGCCUACUGGAGUUUCUGACUGCUGAAGUGGCGGAUUUGGCGGCUUUUCCUGAUUUGUACUCAUCAGAUGGAUCCGGAUCUGAGAUGUUUCAUAUACGACAGUUUCCAUGAAAUAUGCGCAUUCGGAAGUUCCAAAGAAUUUACUUCCUUAUUUUACGACAGCAAGAUUAACUGUUUUACCACGGACUUUUUUUAGCGUUUCACUUGUAACCUGUAUAACCGAUACCUAUUGAUCUGAAGUGAAAAGUGAAAUAAUAUGUUAAUAAUCGUCGCUAUCAGCUUGUUUAGCUCGUUUUGAAACGACCCCGAUUGGACGUCGAACGCUUUGAGACUCGACUGAACAAUUUAACAACUAAAAUAUGGACAAUUUAGUUCUCUCAUCUUUUACUCCCAUUUACAGAAUUGUGCAAAUGAUUGUUAUAAUUUUCGUCCCGUUAUUCCUGGGUGGUGUGUUUGGUGUUGAUGUGAAGUCAGUGAUGGAGGGAGAUUCUGUUACUCUACAGACUGGUGUUACUGAAAUACAGAGAGUUGAUCUGAUAACAUGGAUAUUUGGAGCUGAAAGCACUCGUAUAGCGCAGAUCAACAGACUGGUUAAUAAGGUUUCGUAUUAUGAUGGUCCUGAUGGGAGAUUCGAAGACAGACUGAAGGUGGAUCAUCAGACUGGAUCUCUGACCAUCAGGAAUAUCAGAACUGAACAUGCUGGACUCUAUGGAUAUUUACAGUUCAUUGGUGGAAAAGAGGUCACACACAAGAAAUUCAGUAUUAUUGUUUCUGCUCUUCUGCCUGUUCCUGUCAUCAGCAGUAACUCUUCACAAUGUUCAUCAUCAUCAUAUUGUUCAUUGUUGUGUUCAGUGGUGAAUGUGAGUCAUGUGACUCUCUCCUGGUACAAAGGAAACAGUUUAUUGUCCAGCAUCAGUGUGUCUGAUCUCAGCAUCAGUCUCUCUCUACCUCUGGAGGUGGAAUAUCAGGAUAAAACACCUACAGCUGUGUGCUCAACAAUCCCAUCAGCAACCAGACCAGACAUCUCAACAUCAGCAAACUCUGUCACACAUGUUCAGCACCAGGUUGGUCUGCAGGUCAAUCAGUGCUGGUUUGCUGUUUUGUUCUGGCUGCGGUUGUACUUUUCUGUGGUGUUCUCUAUUAUCACCACAGGACGUCUACACAAGCAGCUAAUCAAGCCCAACCUGAUGAAGAGGAACAUAUUGGGCUGACUAAUGGUGUAGUAAAUGGGAACGCUGGGGACGUCAAUCAACCAAACAGUGCAUGUGCAGAAACACCUGAUCAGGAGAGACAUUCACAAAACAGUGAUUUUAUCGAGACAGAUGAAAUGACUUUAAUGUCAGCAGUGGUGGGAGAAACUGUCACACUACAUGCUAAUGUCACUGAAAUACAGAAAAAUGAACUGAUACGGUGGAAGUUUGCUAAAUCCAGAGAAUACAACCAGGCUGCGUUUUCUGUCAUAGCCAAGUGGGAUAA